CCGUCCGUCUCCGUCCGUCUGUCUGCCGGACAACAUGCCGCCGCUGCUGCUGCUCCUUCACACCUUCACCUGCGUCUGCGUCCUCCCAGCCGGCGUGUCGGCGGUGACCACGGAGACGGUGGUGGGCGUGGCCGGCAGGAAGGUGACGCUGCCCUGUCGCUCCGAGGCGGCGAGGAAGAGAGGACUGGACGUGUGCUGGGGGAGAGGAGAGCCGUCACUGUUCACCUGCCACAACACCGUGAUCCACACCGCCGGAGACCAGGUGUCAUACAGGAAGUCAUACAGGUACUCGUCGUCCUCCUCCUCGUCCCCAUCUUCUCUGUCCAUCUUUAACGUUCGUCCAUCAGACUCCGGUUUCUAUCACUGCAGAGUUCAGCUGCCCGGUCUGUUCAACGACCAAACGUCCACCGUCCACCUCAUCAUCAUCAGCCCUCGCUCUGUUAUCUCCGACUCCUCAGACAGCGAUAGCGCUCCACACACAGCAG